GACUCUUCCUGCUAUUAAAUGGUUUGACUGGUUUUACCUGUAAAGCUAUAAAGCUCUGCCUUCGACAGUUUAAUACUCGUCUUUUUAAAUAUGUUUUUAUCAAUAAGGUACACGACUAUACGCGUAUUGUUCACGUAAUUUUCGGAUUUUACGCCUGUCGCUAAAGGUCACGCGAGGACUUCGCAUGAAGACUUUCUCAGGAUGUUGCAUUAAAUGACGCAAAAAAAGGGGGAAAAAAUAAAUUAGACAAUCGUUCCAAUAUAAAGUAGGACAUUUAAGACAAUUUAGAAAGACAUUUUAUUUCGGUAACACUAUAUGUUAACUGAAACGCGUUUAAUAUGUGCGGAAGUCACGUAAUAGUUGUAUAAGUGUAAGUGUUUUGAAGAAUACAGUGAAACUGAGUCAGUGACGCAUUAAGUCAUGAGUGUGCAGCAGAAGCAGAGGGGUGGCCCUUCAUCUCCCAGUUGUUCCUCCGCAGACACCCUCCCUCUCAGUCACCUCAAUACAGCUGAAAGUGGAAGUGAGAGCCCAGCUGAACUAGAAAAACACGAAUCGUCGGCUGUGUCCACCAUGAGGUCCGUCGUGCUGUUCUACCUGUGCUUCCUGUUGUGCCUUUGCCUCGGCGUGGCCUGCGUGGUCUGCGUGUCCCUGUGGAACACUCGGUGGCGUGGCGGUUUCGCCUGGAACGGCUCGGCCCUUCAGUUCAACUGGCACCCCGUCCUGAUGACAACCGGCCUGGUGGUGCUCUAUGGAUACGGAGCUGUGUUGUACCGCGUCCCACUGACCUGGGGUCAGAAUAAACUCCCCUGGAAGCUGCUCCACGCCUCCCUCAUGCUGCUGGCUUUUAUCCUGUCAGUCGUGGGGCUUUGUGCUGUGUUUGACUUCCACAACGCCAAAAACACUCCCAACCUGUACUCUUUGCACAGCUGGAUCGGGAUCAGCGCCGUUGCUCUUUUUGCUCUACAGUGGGUAGGGGGCAUGGCUGGUUUCCUCCUGCCCUGGACCCCCGUGUCCUUUCGUAAACUACUCAAACCCACCCACGUGUGGUUCGGAGGCAGCAUCCUGACCCUCAGCAUCGCCGCCUGCAUCUCUGGGAUCAACGAGAAACUGUUUUUUGUUCUGAAAGGAAACACCAGUGCGUCGUACGGACAACUCCCACCCGAGGCUUUGUUGGCAAAUUCUCUGGGAGUUUUGAUCGUAGCUUUCGGUUUGGUCGUCUUAAAGAUUUUAUCCAAUCCUAAAUGGCAGCGACCGGAUUCUCGUCCGGAGAAUACGGCGUACUCGCCUUUGCUUCAAGAAGAUAAUGAAUGACAGACACGUCAAAGUGACUCCGUGAACCGUCCAUUCAACGCAGUAAAUGAAAUAAGAGUUCGAUGAAUGUACAGGCAGAAGCCAAUUAAUACGGGUGUAAAUAUUUGUAAAGUUAUAUUUAAGAUUGCUUUUACUGAAGAAAAUAAAAGUGUUUUCAAUCAAACCAUGA